AUACUUAUUACAGAUCAUUGAAAAUCAUUUGACUCAGUAUGGAUCAAAAAAGUAUUUUUUAGACAUUGUAAAUGAGUUGUGGCAUUGUGUAAAGAAUGCACGUGAUGGGUUUGCGUACUCCAACGACUUGCAGAGGUGGAUUGAUUUAGCCUCUAAAACUAUUUUUGAACUGAAUGAAUUGAUUGAUUUCUCAAGCUUGAAUAUUUAUAAGAAAAAGACUUGUCAAACCUCAUGCGGACAUUAUACAGUAUACGGCGAUUGUUAAAUGAUUCUCUACUGAAAGUUGGUGCUGGUCUCCAAGAGAAUGUUUUACGAGUUAUGUGGGAUGAUGCAAAAUCUGCAUUUAAAAACAAUUUUAAAACCAGUAUUAUUACUAAUCUAAAACAUCUUGACAUAAGCACUUUCAUGAAAGAUGCAUGCGCCAUACUUGUAACAAAAAUUAAAGCUGAUUUGCUAAUGCAUAAAUCAUUGAAGGAGCACUGUAUUCUGGCUGCAGAAUAUGCAAUUGUAAAAGAUGAUAAAGAAAUAGUGGAAGUGAAAUAUUUUAAUACUAAGAGUACUUCAAUCUAUAUGAUUACAGACUUGACAGAGUGGAGUGGUUCGGGGGAAAACAUUAAACAACCAAUUGAGCGUGACAUGGAAGAGUUUCAAGAACGAGACUCUCGUUAGACUUUGAAAGCUAUUCUCAACUUGACUGUAAAUAUGAAUAAAUUAAGUCGUAUGAAAGCUGCUUCGUACAUUGAACUGCCAAAGCUCCUUCGAAACAGGUAAGCGUGUGUCAAUGUCCAAAAUUAAGAUAAUGAAUGCUUUAAAUGGGCUAUUCUAUCAGAUCUACAUCCCGUAAAUAAGGAUGCACAGCGAGUUUCAAAAUAUGAAGCUUAUGUGAACGAAUUGAACUUCAAUGAUAUUGAUUUUCCAGUAUCUACCACACGAAUACCAAAGUUUGAGAAACAGAAUGAUGUAUCUGUAAAUCUAUUCAUGCUUAAAAAGAUAGGUAAUUUAAUAUGUCUCCGUGUCACUUGACAACUUUAAAGAAAGUUAAACACGUGAAUCUACUGCUUGUGCAAGAUACUUAUGUAGAUAAAACUGACGAUAAACAACAAGAAUACUUGCAAGUUCCACGAUUCCAUUAUAUGUGGAUUAAAAAUUUAUCUCGUCUUGUCUCUUCACAAUAAUCGAAGAAAGUUCAUAAAAAACAUAUCUGUGAUCGUUGCAUCCACUAUUUUCAUAACGAAGAUAAAUUAAGAGCUCAUGAAAUAGAUUGUAUGCAAGUGAACAAGUGUAAAGUUUUGUUGCCUAAAAAUGCUGAAGACAGUUUGUUGAAAUUUAAAAACUUUAAGAACAAUGAAAGAGUUCCAAUAGUUGUAUAUGCAGACUUUGAAUGUAUUCUCAAACCUGUAAAAGAUAAUGAUCAAGUUCUCCAAGAACAUGAACCAUUCAGUGUUGACUUCUAUAUAAAAUACAGACAUGAUGAAAUCAAGAGUCAAUAUAUGUGCUAUAGAAGAGAAGCAGAACAUGACGAAAAUCCUGCAAAAUGGUUUGUCUUACAGCUUCAUAAACUAGCUGAAGAACUUGACAGUAUAUACAAGAAUUCGAUAUCUAUGAAGGAUGAAGAUAAAAAAUUAUUUGAUUUGGCUGCAACCUGUCACAUUUGCGGUGGCUCUUUAGAUGAAAAAGAUUGGAAAGUCUGAGACCAUUGCCAUCUCACGGGAGUAUAUCGUGGUGCGGCUCACAACAACUAUAAUCUUCAAUACAUGGAUGCAAGAAGUAUUCCCGUCGUCUUCCACAACUUAAGUGGUUAUGAUUCCCAUCUUUUUAUAAAACAGCUAGCUAAUAGCUUCCAAGAUCGAGUCUCAAUUAUUCCACAAAACAAAGAAAAAUACAUCUCAUUCAUAUAGUAUAUCGAUGGAAGUGGUAUUAACUUUAGAUUCAUUGAUUCAUUCCACUUUAUGCCAUCUUCGCUUGAUAAACUCGCCUCAUAUUUGGAGAAGUUGGAAAUUCUUGAAAAGAGUUCAAAAAAGAGUUUAAUGAUUAUCAAAUACAAUUGCUUAGAAGGAAAGGUGUGUUUCCUUAUGAUCACAUCAAACUUUUGAUAACUUAAACGAAAACUCGCUCCCAGACAAAGAAAGUUUCUAUAGCAUUCUGUAUGAAAAUAAUAUAUCAGAUGAAGACUAUAACCAUGCGCAAAAUGUCUGAAAGACUUUAGAACCAUGUGCAUUGAUACCUAUCAGCUGGAUCCUGCACACUAUUAUACUACUCCAGGUCUCACUUGGGAUGCUAAAAUUUACUGGUAUCAAGCUCCAGCUUUUGACUGACAAAGACAUGCUGCUUUUUGUCGAGCGAGGCAUCCGUGGUUGUAUAAGCCAGUGCUGCAACAGAUAUGCCAAGGGCAACAAUCGCUAUAUGGAAUCAGGAUGUAACCGGGAUGAAGAGUCAAAGUACCUGAUGUACUAUGACGUCAACAACUUGUACGGAUGGGCAAUGACUCAAUCCUUGCCUUACAAUGGUUUAAGAUCUUAGUGAUCUUAGUGACUUCUUUAACGUGUCUGAUGCUUUAAUCGGUUAUAUCGUGGAAGUCGACCUCGAGUAUCCAGAAACUCUACAUGAUACUAACAAGGAUCUAACGUUAUGUCCGGAGCAUGUUGCACCUCUAGGCUUAAAGCAGAAAAAGUUACUUACAACAUUGAACAACAAGGAGCGGUAUAUUCUACAAUAUAGGGCACUUAAACAAGCUCUUAAAUAUGGUCUUCGAUUACAGAAAAUUCAUCGAGCUAUCGAAAUCAAUCAAAAGCCAUGGUUGAAACCAUAUAUUGAUCUUAAAAGUGAAAUGAGGAAGAACGCGAAAAAUGAAUUUGAAAAAAUGCUUUUCAAGCUCUAUAAUAAUGCAGUGUAUGGUGAAACCAUAGAGAAUGAGCGCAAAAGUCAAUGUAAAGCUGGUAAAUAAAUGGGAAGGUCGCUACGGUUGUGAAGCGUAUAUUGCUCAGCCCAACUUCCACAGCUGUACGAUUUUCGACGAGAAUCUCGUGGCCAUUCGACUUUCUCGUAUAGAGAUCUUUACCCGUAAGCCAGUUUACAUUGGAUUGGUAGUACUAGAUUUAUCAAAAACGCUUGUUUACCGCUUUCACUAUGAUUACAUGCAAAAACGAGUAGGAGAUAGGGCUAAACUCCUCUACACAGAUACAGACAGUUUCAUCUACGAAGUUAGUAAUGUGGAUAUGUAUGCUUUGAUGAAAACUGAUCUUCAUGAGUUCGACACUUCUGAUUAUCCAGCUGAUAAUCAACUUAAUAUCACUCUUGUCAACAAGAAGAAAGUGGGACUCAUGAAGGAUGAGAGCAACGGUAACAUCAUGACGGAGUUUGUUGGCCUCCGUAGCAAGAUGUACUCAGUCAAGGUACAAGAUCAAACACCUAUUAAAAAAAUAAAGGGUGUGCGAUCAUCAAUUGACAAAUCACCAUUUAUUGAGUUUGAUGAUUAUAUCCAUUGACUUCGAAAGAAGACCUGUAUUAGUCGUGAGCAAACAAAUAUUCGUAGCCGUCUUCAUGUCAUUCAGACUGAGAAGGAGCAGAAGGUUGCCUUGAGUUCAAAUGACGAUAAGCGAUACCUGAUCUUUGAUCAGACAGACACGCUACCAUGGGGUCAUUGCAUGAUAAAGGAAUAUCAGCUUAUUGAGGCGUCUAAGAGGGUUGAAGCGAAUAAAGAAGAACCCAUGGUAAAAAAACUGAGAGUAGAGUCUAGCUUAACUUAAGCAAGUAUUUCAUAACACUGUUAAUUAUUGUUAUGAUAAUUUUUUUCCAUCAUUGUUUAGUUAAUGUAAAUACUUUUUUGUUUUGCAAAAAAUAAGGAUUUAUUUUGAAAUAACUAUUAUAUAAAAGAUUAGUUUUAGAAUAAAUUAUGUAAAUAUAUUUCUUCUCAAAAUAAUGAUAAAUAGUUUAUUGAAAAAUUUAUUAUGCGCCGAUUAUGGCAAAAUAAGAAUGUUGAAGAUGCAAUUAUUUUUUUCCUAAAUAGAUUAUUUAUGAGGUAUUAGUUUAUAAAAAGUUUUAUAUGUCUUAGUUUGUAAAAUACAUACAUCUUAUAUGAGUAUGGUGGUAUGGUAACAACAAAUUUAUUCUAAUAAUAAUUAUUCAUUUAUAAAAGAUAACCAGUUAAAAACAGUUUUUGCAUCGUUUAAUUAUUAUAAUUAAGAGUUUAUGUGUGUUUUUACGAAGUUAAAGCAGGAAUAGAAAUAAGUGAUGUCUAGCUUGAAUAUUGCGGCAAGAAUAUUAUUGGAUUUAAAUAAAGUUUUAAAAAUCGCAGUUGAGUGCAGUUCCCUGCUGGAAGUACAUAUUUAUAUACUCCAUUCAGCUGUUUCUUUUAUUGCAUUAUAUAAGUAGUAGUCACGUAAUUGUAUAGACUAAGUAAAUAUGUACAUGGUAUUCUAUAUUUCUUCAGACAGGUUGGAGUUAUAUGUAUAUGUAAUGUUUU